AUGUUUCAAAUUCAUCCCAGAGAAAUAUACGGAAACUUCCGAUGCUCAUCUCGAUGUGACGCUCUCCAGAGGACAAUCGCCACGGAACAGCAUGUGUCCGGGCUCUGUGGUGUCAGCAAUCCGAAAGGCAUCAGAUUGACAGUUGUAAAUACUCAGCACAGUGAGUCGCAGUUUGGUGAAUUCCCUUGGAUGGUGGCCAUACUGAGCCAUAGCUGCAUAGACACUUCUCACACAUGUGGGCAUACACUUGUGGGUGGUGGCAGUCUGCUUGCUCCCGAUGUGGUGUUGACCGCUGCUCACAUCUUUACAACUUUCAAGAACGACAACGUGGUGGCGCGAGCUGGCGAAUGGGACAGCCAGAACACGUUUGAGCUUCUGAAACAUCAAGAUCGUGAGGUGAAGGAGAUCAAUAUACACCCCGAUUUCAACAGUGCAAACGGCUUUUAUGACAUAGCUCUACUAAUUCUGAGCUCGCCAUUUGACUUAGACGAGCAUAUUGGUACCAUAUGCUUGCCCAGUCCCCAAGCCCACCUAGAUUUGAAUAAAUGCAUUGUCACGGGCUGGGGCAGACUUAAAUUAGAUGAUUUAAAGUCUCCCAACAUCAUGAAGAAAAUCGAACUGCCAUUUGUGAACAGGACCAAGUGCCAAGAGCAGCUGCGUGAUAAUACUCAUCUGGGACAAUAUUUUGAGCUGCACGAAAGCUUCGUGUGUGCCGGCGGCGAGAAGGACAAGGAUGCCUGCUUUGGCGAUGGUGGCUCCCCCCUUGUCUGUCCCAUAGCCAAUUACAACGAUCGCUAUCAGCUGGUCGGCUUGGUGUCUUGGGGCUUGCACUGUGGCGCAGAGAAUGUGCCCGGUGUUUAUGCGAAUGUUCGCAUGAUGGUACCCUGGAUCAGACACGAAAUAAGAUUGCUAUCUGAGUAAACAUCUAUGAAGAAGCAAUCAAUUUGCAAUGAUAAAGCUAUUACAAAUAUAUAUUUUCGAAAAGAUUAAAAAUAUA